AUGAAUUCGUUGCCACGGUUCUCCAUUACAGAAUUCUGGUUUGACGCCCCCAGAAAAGAGUCUAGGAUGACUGUGAGAUGCAAAGGAAGAACAGUAUUUCGAUUUGCCGAAGUAGCAGAAGCAGAUGACGGUCUUGACGGCCUAACUAUUGAUGAUUUUCAGGACUGGGCGAUAAAGCCCUUCCUUCCACUAUUUCGAGAUGCCGAACCUCUUACGCAUACACAAAAGCCUUAUACCCUCUACGACUAUCUUAAUCCAGAGACUUUUUACUAUUCACUACUAGCUACUAACGACACCCUCGUUCCUUUCCCAGGCGACCAAGCUUUAUCACAACAAAGACCACAUGGGGUCGACCUGCAUGGCUAUAAACUCAGCACAGUGUGCCAUUCAUAUCAACCGAUGCAAGUACAGAUUAGUUCCGAUUAUCCCGACUCUGAGGAUGCGCUCGUCGAACUGCCCGAGAAGGUGCUCGUGGAUGGGAAGACCUGUUUCUUUAAGCCAUUGGGCGCUAGAGAGAAGAGGAGCGCUCUCCGUGAGCUUGAAUGCUACAAGCGCAUAAGGGACUUGCAACGCAGCAUGACAGUGCGAGUUCCCGUCUUGUACGGUGUUGUUCAAGACAACUCGCGGUGUUUAGGGCUGUUGCUCUCUUGGGUUGACUGUCGUUACAUAACAUUGGAAUGCGCACUGCGCCCUAACACACCAAGAGCUCAAAAUGAGAGGUGGGCAAGUCAACUGGCAACCACAUUGCGCCACUUACAUAAUGCAGGUAUUGUAUGGGGUGAUGUAAAGCCAGCGAAUGUUCUAGUUGAUGUAAAGGAUGAUAUAUGGAUUGUUGAUUUUGGAGGCGGAUAUACUCGAGGCUGGGUCGGGAAGGAUAAAGCAGGGACGAUUGAGGGUGAUAUUGAGGGUCUAAUGAGGAUUAAUGAUUUUCUAUCGCGAUAA